AGUGACAAGACAAAUUUGAUAGUCACUUAGGAUUUCAUUUCCAAUCUGAACGAGGUAAAAUGAAAAUCACAUUUUACCUGCAUCUAAUGCUGAAAAAUAAGAUUCAGAUCAGGAACAAGCCCGGGGUCAGCCCUUAUUCUACAGAUUGAGACGCCUCUUCCAACAACAACAGGAAAGUUAUCAGCAAGUCUGAGCAGCCUCUGUGCACUUCCUGGUGGGCGGGGCUUACAAGAAUGAAACUUUGUAUCCACUGACGAACCGCACAACUACACAAAGGGAGAGGAACAAGAGGCUUAAUAAAAUGGCUGAUCAACAAGAUGCACUGGUGCCAGAAUCCAAUAGAACAGAUGACCAUUCUGCUAAGGAGUUGCUUGAAGAUAAGGUAGAUGCAAAGUCUGACAGAAGUCAAAGAAGUUCAUUCUUCUUCAGAAAAACGAAGAAUGAACAGGAGAAGCCAGAAAAUAACCCAGGCAGCAGUCACAAUAUCCGCAUUGUUACGCCAGCAUUCCAGUAUAGGAUGAAUUAUGGGAAAGUUGGCAAAUGUAUUAUCAUAAACAACAAAAACUUUCAUAAAAACACAGGUAUGUGUGUGCGCAAUGGCACAGAUAAAGAUGCUGUUGAUCUGUGUAAAUGCUUCAAAAUUUUGAAAUUUGACGUAACGGUGUACAAUGAUAAAUCCUGCAGAGACAUGGAGAUGCUAAUGCAAGAUGUGGCUCAGGAAAACCAUAGCGACAGAUCAUGCUUUGCCUGCAUUCUGCUAAGUCACGGAGAAGAAGGGCAAAUAUAUGGUACUGACGGAGCAAUGGCUAUAAAAACACUUACCUCUUUCUUCCGCGGUGACAAGUGCAAAAGCCUUGUUGGGAAACCUAAAAUGUUUUUUAUUCAGGCCUGCAGGGGUUCGGAGUUUGAUGAAGGGAUACAGACUGAUUCUGGUCCAACUAACGACUCUAUGGAGACAGAUGCAAACCCCAGAUACAAGAUUCCUGUGGAAGCCGAUUUCUUAUUUGCUUAUUCUACUGUGCCAGGUUACUACUCCUGGAGGAAUCCUGGAAGGGGUUCCUGGUUUGUUCAGGCACUUUGCAGUGUUCUUAAUGAACAUGGGAAGCAACUUGAGAUUAUGCAGAUACUCACCCGAGUAAAUUAUAUGGUCGCACAUAGUUUCGAAUCAUGGUCUGAUGACCCACGUUUCAGUGAGAAGAAACAAAUCCCAUGUGUGGUCUCUAUGUUGACAAAAGAACUCUAUUUCUAACUCACGUAGACGAUAUCAGAUCUGAUAUUUUCAGGGAGGUUUUAAGCAAUAUUUUUUUUUAAAUUACACCAAAUAUUUAAGACAACAUAAUAAGUAUGUUGUUAUAUACUUUGUCUAAAAUCAUCAACCUCAUUGAUCCUCUAAAAUACUUUUUUACACUAACCAUGCAUGUAAAAUAUGCUUUAAAAACAUAGACAUACAUAUAGUGUGCCUAUUUCAUUAACUGACAUUAAAGGGAAGAUAAAGUAAUUAAAGAUAUAUAAAAGAAGGCUGAAAUGUUUUACAAUAGAUAUUAGUUUUGUUUGUCUAUCAAACAUUUGAUGUAAUGAACUGAAAUUUGGUUGGUCUUAUUGAAGCUAUAUCAGAUGGGUACAUGCAUCAGAUUACAGUUAUAAAGAUAGAAUAAAUAUCAAACAAAAUGUUUCAGUUCAUUACAUUAAAUAGUAUUUUUUUCAGAGAAUAAAAAUAAAGUUGUAAAAGCUGCAAGUAGUAAUGGUUUACGGGUAUUUUCAGUCUUUGCUAUGGUUUAAAUAAUUAAUUGUUGCAUGACUCUAGCAGGAAGGUAAACUGAGAAUAUCAUAAUGCUGACAAUAAAAACAUUAUCCUGGUUUACAUUACGGUAGGUCAGAUAUUUAGGAGUUUGAGACAAGCCAAAAAUACAUAGUAACAAAAAUCCAUUACAUGGACAUGAAACCCAAAUUAUUUUCAUUCCUGAUUCAGGUAGAACAUGCAAUUUUAAAUAACUUUCCUAUUUAUAUCUAUUGUCUAAUUUGUUGCAUUUUCUUUGUAUCCUUUGCUGAAAAGGUAGGCUCAGAAGCUUCUGAUUUGUGGUUGCACAUAUAUGCCUUUUAUCAUUGGGAUUCAGCUAGCUCCCAGUAGUGCAUUAAUGCUCCUAUAACAAAAGAUACCAAGAGAAUGAAGCAAAUUAGAUAAUAGAAGUAAAUUGGAAAGUUGUUUAACAUUGUAUUCUCUACCUGAAUGAUGAAAGAAACAUUUGGGGAUUCAUGUCCCUUGAAAUGUAUCAGAGCACCGAACCAAUUCUGCAUUUGGAAGGAUUGUCAUGCUUUGGGAUUGCUGACCUUUUGUUCCUACCUUGUUAAUGAAAGUAUCACAAAAAUAGAAACCUCUAAACACGGCCCUAAAAUGCCUUGACAUCUCCAAACCAAAUAGUUACCUCCAGGGUCUGCACUUAUUUCUCUCCUAAACUGACCUGAUAUUUCAAAUGGUUUAUGAAACCCAGCCCCUAAACCAUCCUGGCACUGCACUCAGGCUGCUCCACUCCCAGAUUUAUACAACUCCGCUCUUGGACCACUCUGACUUGUAAUCCCCUUUCUGGUCUAGGUUAUUUAAAUCAGAAUGUUAAAGGGUGAGUCUUCUCCAGAAUUGUAAUUGUGUAUAAAGAUAGAUAAUCCCCUUAUUACUUAUUCCCCAGUUUUGCAUAACCAACACGGUUACCUCUGUGAUUACCUUGUAUCUAGGCCUCCGCAGACUGACCCCUUAUUUCAGUUCUUUUGACAGACUUGCAUUUGAGCCAAUCGGUGCUGACUUAUAAGUAACUCCACAGGAGUGAGCCCAAUGUUAUCUAAUAUGACACUAGCGCUGUCUAACUGUGGAAAAACUGUCAAAAUGCACUGAGAUAAGAGGCGGCCUUCAUGGGCUUAAAAACUAGCAUAUGAGCCUACCUAGGUUUAGCUUUCAGCAAAGAAUACCAAGAGAACAAUGCAAAUUUGAUGAUAAAAGUUGGAAAGUUGUUUAAAAUUGCAUGCCCUAUCUGAACCAUGAAAGUUUAAUUUUUACUAGAAUGUCCCUUUAAGAGCUAUGAUGAAUGUUGCUUAGGAAGAAAAGUAAGAAUUAAUAUGCGUUAUCAGCAUUUGUCCUUCUCUGAUAGUGUGAAAUUGUAUACCAUAUAAUAGAUACUGUGAAAAACUAUCAAGAUCAUUGAACCUCAAGUGUUGGUAAAUCCCAAAUUCAUUGAAAAAUGCUGAAAAUAUUUUUUAUACUCUCCACAAUCACAUGAAUACACACUUGACUCUACUCAUUCCUUUACAGAUUUAUAUGCAAUAUGUGAUAGAAUUAAAGUGAAUUUCUGCACCAUCACAGUAUUAGAUGCUUAAAGGGACAUUAAACCGUGCACAGUUAACUAAGUAAAUGAAUGGCAAUGUUGACAUAACGACUAAUGGUGUUAAUACAAAACUAAUUAAUUGUAUCUCCUGUUCUUGCUGGAUUCUAGUAAAGUUUAUAGCUAAGCCACCACAAAUGCUGUAUAGAAUAAACUGAAAUUACCUUCAAUUAAAUAAAAUAAAUACACUGCACAUAA